CCUGGAGCAAAUGUUUUUUGCAUCAUUCUGUGUGUUGGUCCAGUCUACACUGGCCAGGAGCUUUACUGACCACCCUGUGUGCAGCUAGCUUAAUCACAUGCCACAUCUUUGAUCAAAACAGUGACGGCACAGCUUUGAUCAGUGGCUGCGCUCUUUUGCUCCUCCUCUUGGCUGAUAUUGUUGCCAUGGCAGCUCUUCAGCAGCUGAAGACGUCGGAGAUGCCACAUCGAGUGGAAACGUUGCUAAACACUUUACAGGAAUUUUUACUGCAUCCUCCUUCUGAUUGGCUGAAAGAAACAGAGGACCUGUUUGUCCCCUCCCUGCCUGCCGUGUCUUUACAGUGGACGUACCGAGAUGGCCGAUUGAUUAACUUACCCGUCAGUCUCCUAGUGGAAGGUGACAUUAUCUCUCUGCGCCCAGGCAGCGAGGCCCCCACUGAGCUCAGGGGUAUCCAGGAAGAAGAACACGUCAUCCUGUCUCAGAGUGAUGUGUUCAGUCAUCUCUCAAGUCCUCCAUCCCCUCUGGAUCAGGAAAGGUCACGACCUCACCGUUUACUUCAGCCUAAGCUUUUCAGGGUCACUCAGACUCCGGCCGUGGAAGUGGUGCAGUGAGUUGAGGGAAAUUGUAGCAGUAAACACUCGUACAAACACACACCACAUCCACACACUGAGCUGUCGAUGUCCUCCGUGAUGUCCUCAGGGGUCUGUACUGUAACGAUCGGCUGCAUGUCUGGUUCCUCUCGAGAUACAUACAAUUAUGGACUAAUUUGACAUUCUAAUUUAGUUUAAGUUUAAAAUAGUUUUUGAGUCUAACAGCUUAAAUGAAGCUAGUAGUGAUAGAAAUCUGUAUAAUAAAUUCAUUGACAUGAAGAAUUUUAAAAGUAAACAAAGAUUCAUAAAUAAAUAAAGCCUUAGAUCAAAUAGUAAAUUUUGUUAUUUCAUUCAUUCAUU